AUGCUUCUUUACUCAGGUGGAACAAGGGGAGGUGCCAUUGCUGAUAGCUUAGCUCAGCUGUAUAGUGCUGUUCAGAGAGUGGUGGAGACAUACAGGGCUGGAGAAAAUGCAGGUCGGCUCACGGUUAUGAUAGAUGAUGUUUCACUCUUGGAAGUUGCUGCCAAUGGUUCUGCAGAUGAUGUCUUGGACUUCUUGCAUUAUUGUGUGACACUUACGUCUGAGAUGAAUUGCUUGCUUGUGGUUCUUAUUCAUGAGGAUAUUUAUUCAAGCGAGGAUGGUGUGGGACUUCUGGCACAUCUGCGCUAUAUUGCGGAUCUUGUGAUUAAAGCAGCACCUCUGAGCACUGGUUUAGCCGCUGAUGUUCAUGGACAGCUGUCAGUGGUAAACAAAGGAAUGCUCAUCGAGCAGAGGCCGGCGAAAGGGCAGAAAGUUUGGAACUUCCAUUUUAAGGUGAAGGAAAACGGCGCAGACUUCUUCUACCCAGGGAGCAGACAUUAG